AAAUCAAUAUAAAACGAUGCAUAGACAAGAAAUCAUAGAGUUCAGGUCAGCUGACUUAAUUUUUAUCAUUGGUCUUGUGAUAAGUUGUGGAUCUCCGCCAUUCUCAGUUGGUCUAUUCCGUCUUUCUCUUCCUAUAAAGACUAAUCUCUCAAGAUGGCGAACAAGACCGGUUUGAAGACGAUCGCCAAUGAGGAGAAAGAAGACAAGUUUGGAUAUGUAUUCGCUGUGUCCGGUCCCGUCGUAACGGCGGAAAAAAUGGCCGGCUCGGCUAUGUACGAGCUGGUGCGCGUCGGAUACAACGAGCUGGUGGGCGAGAUCAUCCGCCUCGAGGGGGACCUCGCCACCAUCCAGGUAUAUGAAGAAACAUCGGGUGUGACCGUCGGCGACCCGGUGCUCCGCACAGGCAAGCCGUUGUCCGUGGAACUGGGCCCUGGUAUCUUGGGCUCCAUCUUUGACGGGAUCCAGCGUCCUCUGAAGGACAUCAAUGAGCUCACACAGUCCAUUUACAUCCCGAAGGGUAUCAACGUGCCUUGUUUGGCCAGAGAACACGAUUGGGAGUUCAACCCGCUCAACAUUAAGGUGGGGUCGCACAUCACGGGCGGAGACCUGUACGGCAUCGUGCACGAGAACACGCUCGUGAAGCACAAGAUGCUGAUGCCGCCGCGGGCCAAGGGUACUGUCACGUACAUCGCUCCCUCCGGCAACUACAAAGUUACCGACGUGGUGCUGGAAACAGAGUUCGACGGCACCAAGACGCAGUACACGAUGCUGCAAGUGUGGCCGGUGCGGCAGCCGCGGCCCGUCACCGAGAAGAUGCCCGCCAACCAUCCGCUGCUCACCGGACAGCGGGUGCUGGACUCUCUGUUCCCUUGCGUGCAGGGCGGCACCACCGCCAUCCCCGGCGCCUUCGGCUGCGGCAAGACUGUCAUCUCGCAGGCGCUGUCCAAGUACUCCAACUCUGACGUCAUCAUCUACGUCGGCUGCGGGGAGCGUGGUAACGAGAUGUCAGAAGUAUUGCGUGACUUCCCCGAGCUGACGGUGGAGAUCGACGGAGUGACGGAGUCCAUCAUGAAGCGCACGGCGCUCGUCGCCAACACCUCCAACAUGCCCGUGGCCGCCAGGGAGGCUUCCAUUUACACUGGCAUCACGCUGUCGGAGUACUUCCGCGACAUGGGCUACAACGUGUCCAUGAUGGCGGACUCGACGUCGCGCUGGGCGGAGGCGCUGCGGGAGAUCUCGGGGCGGCUGGCGGAGAUGCCGGCGGACUCCGGCUACCCCGCCUACCUCGGCGCUCGUCUCGCUUCCUUCUACGAGCGUGCUGGGCGCGUGCAGUGUCUCGGCAACCCCGACCGCGAGGGGUCGGUGUCCAUCGUGGGCGCCGUGUCGCCGCCCGGCGGAGACUUCUCCGACCCGGUGACGUCGGCCACGCUCGGCAUCGUGCAGGUCUUCUGGGGGCUGGACAAGAAGCUGGCGCAGAGGAAACACUUCCCCUCCAUCAACUGGCUCAUCUCAUACAGCAAGUACAUGCGCGCGCUGGAUGACUUCUACGACAAGAACUACCCCGAAUUCGUACCCCUCAGGACUAAGGUGAAGGAGAUCAUGCAAGAGGAGGAGGAUCUGUCGGAGAUCGUGCAGCUCGUGGGCAAGGCGUCGCUGGCGGAGACCGACAAGAUCACGCUGGAGGUGGCCAAGCUGCUGAAGGACGACUUCCUGCAGCAGAACAGCUACUCGGCGUACGACCGCUUCUGCCCGUUCUACAAGACGGUGGGCAUGUUGCGCAACAUCAUCGCCUUCUACGACAUGUCGCGGCACGCGGUGGAGGCCACGGCGCAGUCCGACAACAAGGUCACCUGGAACGUCAUCCGCGACGCCAUGGGCAGCGUCCUCUACCAGCUCUCCUCCAUGAAGUUCAAGGACCCAGUGAAAGACGGCGAGGCUAAGAUCAAAGCAGACUUCGACCAACUCUUAGAAGAUAUGUCGGCGGCCUUCCGCAACAUCGAGGAUUAGAUAUAUACAUAAAUAUAUAUAGCCACCCCACGCUGUCACGGUGACCGCGCAAAACUAAACCGUGAUCCAACGAAGUAAAGCCCCAUUUUGAAUGACAAGUGAUAUGUAAGGCGUUAUUUUAUUAAGUGUUGAUAAAUAUAAAAUCAAGAGAUUUAUUCUUUUUCGCUGUUUUCGUUUAUACUGUAUGUAAUAAUGAAAUAACGUUAAACUGAUAGAUAACCGUUGAUCGGUGAAAUUCGCCAAGGAAGCGCGGUCGACGAAACAGCGUAUUGUUAAUACAUAGUUGUAAUAUAAUUUAUGUGUUACGAACAUCUACGUAGAGUGCAUAGGUCUGUAUUACUCGCAAUCAAAUUGAUUCCAUUUGUUGAAAAUCUGCGUAUCGUAGGAUUCCUGCGGUUGCGGCGCGCGGUUGUACAUAGACGAAGUGAUGAAUCCAUGCCAUAGAGACGCGGAGUGCCGCGUUCACACGGAGUUAGUGGCUUAGUGAUUGGAUUGCUACUUUAUGACCAAAUUGGAGUAUGAUUCAGUGGAAAAAAAUUCUACUGUGGAGUUUUUUGAGUCGAUAACUUGACUGUUCAAUUAUCUAAUAACUCAUGUAAGUCCAUGUGAACGCGGCAUGCGAAGCGCGCCGCAGACUCGCGACUCGUCAUUCAACUAGUUGUUAUUUAUAUUAUUAAAUAAUAAAGUAUAUUCUAUUUAUACAUUAACAAUGAAUUAUUUCGCCAAUUGAUAUUUUGCAGUGUGUGUUGAGGUGGCACCAGUACCCUGUUGCAUUCCACGGUUAUUUUAGUACAGAAUAAUUGUUGUAUCUGCCGCUUCGACGAUUAUUUAACCGACUUCAAAAGGAGGAGGUUCUAUGUUACAGUAUUAAGGCCGUUUAGAAUUGGUUUGCGCUUUGACUAAAGUCCGAUGAGCGGUUAUUUCGGAAAAUAGAAACUUCAAAAUUUUGGCAACCGAUUAGACUACGGCAACCACUUUCCAUCAGACCGUAUCCUUAUAUUUAACUAUAUUACUAUUGAGGAGAUAUUUUUACUAUCGUAAUCCCUACAUGAUAUAAGUCGAGUCGAAGCGUAAAACCAAAAUUACAUCUAAGAUUACGUAACGUUAGCGAGUCAAACAUUCGCUUUUUAUCUGUAGACAUCAGAUGUGUACAAAAUAUAAUCGCAAUAAAUAUUGUUUGGUUUUUGUGACGUUGAGUGUUGAGAGGAGACGAAAGUUACUAUAAAUAAUAAAGUUUUGAAAAAUUGA